AUGUCCGUUGCAGAUCAUAAGGACGAAGCAGCUUUUGAUGGCAAAGGGGGAGUUCUGGCCCAUGCCUUUCUGCCAGGACCUGGAACUGGAGGAGACGUGCACUUUGAUGCAGACGAGGACUGGAGUUUCAAUCACACUGGUGUCAGCCUGAUUGCAGUGGCUGCUCAUGAAUUUGGGCACGCUCUGGGCCUGUCUCACUCCGCCGACCCCGGAGCCGUCAUGUACCCAGCAUACAGUUUUGUCCCACAUGAUGAGCUGCAGCUGUCUUUCCGAGACGUCAAGGACAUCCAGCGGCUGUACGGUGUCAGUCCCAAAUUUUCCUUGUUAGCCUCCAAAAAACCUCCCCCAAAAACACCGGAUCAGUGCGAUCCAGAUCUGUCCUUUGAUGCCGUCACACGGUUGCAGCAAGAGGUCGUAUUUUUCAAAGACAGAUUUAUGUGGCGUAAACAUCCUCAUUUUGAUAAAAUCGGGAUUACCCUGAUCAGCAGCUUGUGGCCUGACGCUGUGCCCUCCCGCCUGGAUGCUGUUUAUGAGAACCUGGAAAGGAAUUUUAUUCUUUUCUUCAAAGGCCAUCAGUACUGGAAGUUAAGGCAGCUGACACAGAGUGAAGGAUUUCCCAGGAACAUUUCAGACUUUGGCUUCCCCUCCAGACUUAAAUCUGUGGAUGCUGCUCUUCACUUCAGAAGUGAACAGUAUACUCUGUUCUUCGCCGGCCAUGAGUGCUGGAGGUAUCUGAUGUUUGGUUAUCCCCAGCUUUCCUUCAAAUCUUCGGCUGCAUGCUGCCUUCCAGUGUCGAAGGACAUCGAUCAAGAUGAAAGCUUCGCAGAGGAUUACCUGAAGAAGUUUUAUAACCUGGAAGAGGAAAGUGGCCCAACUUUCAGAAGGGGACUCAGCCCAGUGACGCAGAAGCUGAUGGAGAUGCAGCAAUUCUUCGGCCUGGAGAUUACAGGGAGUCUGGACGCAGAAACCCUGGCCACCAUGAAGAAGCCACGCUGCGGAGUUCCAGAUGAGCAGAUUGCCCGCUAUUCUACCUUUGCAAAUGACCCCAAAUGGCAAAAAGAGAGCAUCACGUACAGAAUUGAGAACUACACACCGGACUUGUCUGUGGCAGAGGUGGAUGACUCCAUACAAAGAGCUCUGCAGGUUUGGGCCAAAGUCACUCCUCUGACUUUCACCAGAAUCUACAGCGGCACGGCCGACAUCAUGAUCUCCUUUGGACGCCUGUCACACGGUGAUGGCUACCCCUUUGACGGCCGUGACGGCACCCUUGCCCACGCCUUCGCCCCGGGCGCUGGCCUCGGGGGAGAUGCUCAUUUUGACGACGAUGAGACCUUCACUUUCAGAUCAAAUGCAGGCUACGUGCUCUUCCUGGUGGCUGCUCAUGAGUUCGGCCACUCCCUGGGCCUGUCUCACUCUAGGGAUGCCGGCGCUCUCAUGAACCCUUUGUACGCAUACAGGGACCCCGACACCUUUGUUCUGCCCCAGGAUGACGUCAGAGGCAUCCAGUACCUCUAUGGUGCAAACGAGGGUCCGACCGAAACUGGACCUACUGCCCCCCCCACCCCUGACGCCUGUGAUGAAAACAUGGUUUUGGAUGCAGUGGCCUCCCUGCGGGGAGAGAUGCUCUUCUUCAAGGACAGCUUGUUCUGGCGGAUCAACCCUCAGAGUUACAUACCCCAGCAAGCUCUCAUCACCCACUUCUGGCCUGACGCUCCCGUCAACAUCGAUGCCGCUUAUGAAAACCCGAUCUCUGACAGGAUCUUGGUCUUCAAAUAUAGGAGAGUCUGGGCUUUCAGCGCUUACGAUCUGGCGCCAGGGUACCCUAAAUCCAUUUCCACUUUUGGUCUGCCAAAGACUGUGAAGAAAGUGGAUGCAGCCCUCUAUGACCAAAGAUCUUCCAAGACACUCUUCUUUGUCGGCGACAGCUACUACAGUUACAAUGAGAUUACAAAGACCAUGGAUCAGGGACCCCCCAAAAGGGUGGAUGAAUUCUUCUCUGGCAUGACCGGCAAGGUGACCGCAGCCCUACAGUUCAGAGGUUUUGCUUACCUCUACAGCGGGCCCUACAUGUUCGAGUACAGCCUUUGGACCGGGAGGCUGUUCCGCAUGAGGCUUUUCAGCGUGUGCGUCCUGCUGAGCGUGGCGGCUGCAGUCUGCGGCGUUCCCAUGUCAACGCCCACAGCUCAGGACGAGGGCUUUGCAGAGAGCUACCUGAAGAAAUUCUUCAACCUAACAGAGGAGAGUGGUCCGUCCACCAGACGGGGGAUCAGCCCCAUAAGUAGGAAGCUGAGUGAGAUGCAGAGGUUCUUCGGGCUCCAGAUCACCGGCAGUCUUGAUGCCGACACCCUGGAGAUGAUGAAGAAGCCCCGAUGCGGCGUUCCAGAUGAGCGAGUCGCCCGUUUCUCCACCUUUGGAAACAACCUGAAAUGGCAGAAAAACAGCCUCACAUACAGGAUAGAGAACUAUACCCCGGACAUGUCUGUGGCAGAGGUGGAUGACUCCAUACAAAGAGCUCUGCAGGUUUGGGCCAGAGUCACUCCUCUGACUUUCACCAGAAUCUACAGCGGCACGGCCGACAUCAUGAUCUCCUUUGGACGCCUGUCACAUGGGGAUUAUUACCCCUUCGAUGGUCGGGACGGCACCCUUGCCCAUGCCUUUGCUCCUUCCUCCGGCAUUGGCGGCGACGCUCACUUUGACGACGACGAAAGCUUCACCUUCCGUUUAAACCGAGGCUACGUGCUCUUCCUGGUGGCUGCUCAUGAGUUCGGCCACUCCCUGGGCCUGUCUCACUCGGACGAUCCCGGCGCUCUCAUGUACCCUUUGUACUCGUACAGGAACCCCGACACCUUUGUUCUGCCCCAAGACGACGUCAAAGGCAUCCAGUCCCUCUAUGGCCCAAACAAAAAACCCCCUGUAGGUGAACCACAGCCACCCACGACUCCAGAUACUUGUGACUCCACUAUGGUGCUGGAUGCCGUCACCACUUUGCGAGGAGAGACUCUUUUCUUUAAGGACAGCUUAUUCUGGCGCAGCUUUGAUCAGAGCAGGGCCCCCCAGCAGAGCCUCAUCACAAACUUCUGGCCCAGCGCCCCGGUCAGCAUUGAUGCUGCGUACGAGAGCCGGCUGUCAGACACUGUGUUUCUCUUCAAAGGGCGGAAAGUGUGGGCCUUCAGGGGCUAUGAGCCCGUCCGAGGCUAUCCAAAGAAUCUGAAGGCCUUUGGCCUGCCGAGGUUUGUGAAGAAAAUCGAUGCAGCUCUGCAUGACGCCGCAUCUGGAAAAACGCUCUUCUUCGUUGGCCACUAUUACUUCAGUUAUGACGAGGUCACAGCAGCCUUGGACAGAGGUUCCAUUAAAAGGGUGGAUCAGACGUUUUCUGGCCUGACCACCCAGGUGACGGCAGCCCUGCAGUACAGAGGCUUUACUUACCUCUACAGCGGGCCCUACAUGUUCGAGUACGACCUGAGGACCGGGAGGCUGUACCGGGUGCUGAGGAACAGCUACUUCCUGCGCUGCACUAACGAUCAUUACAGGUCCACCGCUUAG